AAUAUGUAAACGAAGGCAUGCCCUGUAUUUCAGAAAAUAAAUUAAUACUAUUAAUACCCUAAUAAUACUAUUCAUAAAAAAUCUUUUAAGUAACCUAGAUAAUAUAAAAUAGCCACUUUACACCAUGCAACUAAUUGCGCAAUUAAUUGCACAAUUUCUUGCAGCAAUAGAAAUUGCAUCGUGUCAUACGCGAAUUGCACAGAAAAGCUGCAACUCCUUGCUGCAAGAAUAAGUUGCAGCUAAAUAGAACAUGUCCUAUUUUUCAUGCAAUUUUUUCUGCAAUUUGGUUAUAUUUUUAGUAACUUUUAAGGCUACAGUGUUUGUUUUUACUUUUCUGCUGUCAACAAAUAAAAGAUUUUGAUGACAUUGAACUUCUGUCAUCUUAAAUUUCAAACCAAACAAUUUAUUAACCAAACUAGAGGAACUUUUUACCAAUUUCACGCUUCACAGAUAAUAUUAUUCAGGUAUUAAAGAUGAAGGAGAUUCUCUACAGAAUUAUAACAAUAUAGAAGUUAAAUCUGAACUAGAUGAAAACAGUUAUGCACAGGAAUCUCUAUUAGAUGACUAUUGUUCAGAGGAUAUUAAAAUAGAAAACCAUGCAGUUUUAUCUAAUAAUGAAAUUAAAGUUGAAAUAAAAACAGAACUGGAGGAGCAUAGCAUUGGUGCCCCACCUGAUAUUACGAUGGAACUCGCGAUUACCAAACCAUUCAAUUCUGAUAGAAUACAUUCGAAAACAAGUACUGGUGAAAGACCAUAUGAAUGUGAAAUUUGUAAUAAUCUGUUUACUACAAAAGGUAAUUUAGAGAUGCAUAUGAGAAUUCACACUGGUAAAAAACCUUAUAAAUGUGAAAUUUGUAGUAAGAUGUUUACUACAAAAGGUAAUUUAAAGGUGCAUAUGAGCACUCACACUGGUGAAACACCUUAUAAAUGUGAAAUUUGUAGUAAGCUGUUUACUCUGAAAAGUUAUUUAAAGCGGCAUAUGACAAUUCACACUGGUGAAACACCUUAUAAAUGUGAAAUUUGUAAUAAGCAGUUUAAUCAGCUAUAUAGUUUAAAUUAUCAUAUAAGAGGUCAUACUGAUGAAAAACCUUAUAAAUGUGAAAUUUGUAGUAAGAUGUUUACUAUAAAAGGUAAUUUAACAGUGCAUAUGAGAAUUCACAGUGGUGAAACACCUUAUAAAUGUGAAAUUUGUAGUAAACAGUUUGGACAUCUAAGUGGUUUCAAUUAUCAUAUGAAAGUUCACACUGGUGAAAAACCUUAUGCAUGUGAUAUUUGUACUAAGCAGUUUACUAUAAAAAGUAAUUUAAAUACUCAUAUAAAAUGCCACAGUAGUGAAAAACCUUAUAAAUGUGAAAUUUGUAGUAAGAUGUUUACUACAAAAGGUAAUUUAAAGUUGCAUAUGAGAAUUCACAGUGGUGAAACACCUUAUAAAUGUGAGAUUUGUAGUAAGAUGUUUACUAGAGAAGGUGAUAUGAAGAUGCAUAUGAGAAUUCACACUGGUGAAACACCUUAUAAAUGUGAAAUUUGCAAUAAACAGUUUGCUCAGAAAAUUUCUCUAAAUGCGCAUAAGGCAGUUCAUACUGGUGAAAAACCUUAUAAAUGCGAAAUUUGUAGUAAGAUGUUUAUUACAAAAAGUAAUUUAAAGGUGCAUAUGAGAAUUCAUAGUGGUGAAACACCCUAUAAAUGUGAAAUUUGCAAAAAACCGUUUGCUCAGAAAAUUUCUCUAAAUGCGCAUAAGGCAGUUCAUACCGGUGAAAAACCUUAUAAAUGCGAAAUUUGUAGUAAGCAGUUUACUAUAAAAAGUAAUUUAAAUACUCAUAUGAAAUGUCACACUAGUGAAAAUCCUUAUAAAUGUGAAAUUUGUAGUAAGGUGUUUACUACAAAGGGUAAUUUAAAGGUGCAUAUGAGAAUUCACAGUCGUGAAACACCUUAUAAAUGUGAAAUCUGUAGUUAUCAGUUUUCUAUAAAACGUAACUUAAAUACUCAUAUGAAAUGUCACAGUACUGAAAAACCUUUUAAAUGUGAAAUUUGUAGUAAGAUGUUUACUAGAAAAGGUGAAUUAAAGAUGCAUAUGAGAAUUCACACUGGUGAAACACCUUAUAAAAUGUGAAAUUUGUAGUAAACAGUUUGGUCGU